AUGUUGAGAAAGAGAACAAUUUCACCUAGGAAUAUAGUCACAACUACUAAUGGUGACGUGUCUUUUUUAUCAGCACCACCAGUAUCAACACCCUUUUCAUCACAGAAAGAGCAGCAGGCACAACAGCAACAGCAACAAAAGGAAAAGUUAUUUGGAAAAAAAGAUUUUUUUUUCAUUGCUAUUGUUAUAACUGUCUCGUUGGGGUUGUAUGCAAAGUCACUAAAGUGUCAAUUUACGUUUGAUGAUCAUUUGGCGCUUAUUAAAAAUCAAGACGCCCACGCCAAUUCUCAAAGCACACUAUGGGAUUUACUUCAGCAUGACUACUGGGGAAAUACACUUCAUUCCCAUACAUCAAAUAGAUCCUUUCGUCCAUUUACUGUUCUGACUUUUCGACUACAGCACUGGCUAAGUGGAUAUGAGCAUUCCGCUUAUUCCUUGCGUACUGUGAACAUUUUAUUUUCUAUAUUGAAUGGUAUUUGUGUGUACAUUUUAGCAGCUAUCUACUUUCCAAGGAAGGACAAAAGUACUUGUAUAAACAGUAGGUCUAACAAUACUAAUACUACAACUACAACUACUUCUAUUAUUAUUAGUAGUAUUAGUAGGAGAAAACAGGAUAUGUGUCCCACGUUGGCAAUGAUACUCUUUAUGCUUCACCCUGUACACACUGAUGCUGUGGUAUCUGUUGUCGGUAGAGCUGAACUCCUUUAUUGUUUCUUUGGUUUUUGUGCAUUCUUCUCUUUGCAUUUCCUUGUAUUGAAGCAAAGACCAAGUGAUGAGAAGGUACAUCCAAAAAAACCUUACCAGAUAUCCAUGAAUCAAGUCUGGGGUGUUCUUUUUGUUUUUAUCUUUACAUCCCUUAGUGUAUUUUCAAAAGAGAGUGGAAUAACCUUUGCUGCUUUAUUUAUGAUUCACGCUAUAUUUUUAUAUUUAAGAGGAUGGAUAUCUAUACAUGAGGUGAUCCUGACUUGUGCUAUUGCCCUCUUACUCAUUCUUAAUGUUAUUAUGUUUCGACAACGCUAUAUUGGUUCAGUAGACUUAUCAUUUAAUUAUAUGCUGCGGCGUACGGAGAACCCGCAGUAUUUUAUACCACCUGGUAUUUUAGUUUGGUUGGGUAUGCGGUUUUUAAUUCAGAUGAAGAACAUGGAGCUUCUUUUCUUUCCAACACAAUUGUGUUGUGAAUACAGUUAUAACUGUAUUCCACUUAUUGAGACCAUAUGGGAUAGACGAGUGGCUUUUAUGAUUCUCUUCUUAGUUGUAAUACUAUAUCUUUUUUGUAAACAUGUUUGGCGGGUUGUGCGUUUCUUGGAUUUCUUUUCACUUCGAUGGUUAUUGAUGAGUAUGUGGAUUAUUAUACCGUAUAUGCCAGUAAGCCAUCUGCUUGUGCGUGUAGGGACGUUUAUCGCAGAGAGAUGUCUCUAUGUUCCCUCCAUCGGUGCUGUACUUCUCAUUAUACACACCUUGAUGGGAGCUGAAGAGAAACAGUUUUAUCAAGAGAGAGAAGAACCGAAAGAAAAACAAAAGCAUCAACAACAAGAAGAAGAGGAAGAAGAAGAAGAAGAAAAAAGAAAGUUAGAGAGAUAUAAAGUAAAGAGUUUUACAAAAAUCUUUACCAUUAUUAUAUUUCUAUUUUUAUGGGCCUAUUUAACUUAUACACGAAUAGAUGAUUGGUAUGAUGAUGAAUCAUUAUUUCGUAGUGCAAUUAAUGUAUGCCCUAAUAGUGGAAAAGCUCAUUUUCAACUGGCUUCUGCAAUCUUAAUAAAAGAGAAAAAUCAAUUUUCAGCAAAUACGGUAGCCUUAUUCCAGAAAGCAUACAAGUUAGAUAAUGAAUUAAAAGAUUCACUAUAUUACCUUGCUAUAUAUGCAUAUAAUGAGGAAAGGAAUCCUCUUAAGGCAUUGAGAAUGUUACGCGAAUGUUCCUCCUCUCCAUACACAAUGAGUAUAUGUUAUCCUAUAUUUAACGAGAUAAGACGAAAACUCUUUCCAAAAAUGACGAAAUGGGAAAUACUUGAAGAUAACGCGGAUAUGGCUGAAAGAGCAGAAGAAAAAGCAGAACAGUAUCGACUUGCAGGUCUUUUACAACUACAAAUGAAAGAAGAUGGGAAUCAACAAAAAGAAAAACGAGAAAAAAAGUACGAAUGUGGGGCAGCAAAAGAUUUUAGAAAAUCACUGAAUUGGUGGAAUACAUCCAAACUAUAUUGGUUUAAUGACCGUAUUCAUUGGGAAACAGUCUCUACAUUCUGCAAUACACUUUAUUGGUAUACAAUCUCUAUUGUGGAAUGCCUUACCCCAUCCUAUGGAGGAGAUAUUAAUACUACUACAUUAGUGGAUGAGAUGACAUCAGUAGUUAUUUUUAUUUCUCAAGCUUUAUCAUACUGUGAUGAGAAGUGGGAUAGUGUUCCACUUACAUCACUUACACAAUAUACCCAUCGACCAUCUGAGUUUAGUAUCAUUACCACAACAAUACACUCUCUUUUCAUUGAGCGUAUACUUCCUGCAGUGGCGCAUGUUUCUAACGCGGCGCAGGUGGUACGUUAUGCGGCAGCAACAGCUUCUGUACGCCAUUACUGUUAUUUAGCUACUUUGGUGAAAAGUGAACAGGGGAAAAGACUGAGUGCGAUGAGUAGUCGUGUAAUGGAGGUGCAACAGUUAUUUCAUAAGAACCGUGAAUUACUUUUAUUGCAGAUUGAGGAUACCACAAGGGGAUUACCGAAGAGGAUGAGAGGAGUUGAUGUGGACCUUGGUAAUCUUCUUCACUGUUCAAGAGAAACUUCUUCUUUGUUCAAUACUUUAUAG